UUAAAUGACAGCUGAGGGGCCAAUGGAAACGUGCACGAGGCGCCAGCUGCAGCCAAUGGAAGCACGUGAUCUCUAGGUGCAGCUGUGAGAAAACUUCCACCAAAAUAAAAGAAGAAGCGGUUUGUGUUGGUAGUGGCCAUUUUAACUUCUGGAUGCCGCUCGCCCCGCGCGCGUCCAGGCUCAAUAAACGACUGUUAGCUUCAAAAGUGGAUUAAACAGCACCGAGUUGCACUCCUCCUUGUCCCCUCCCUCCUCUUUCCUUCCCGUCUCCCUCCCUCCCUCCCCAUCUCUCUCUCUCUCUCUCCCCUCCCUCCCCUCACCGCUAAUUUUUUAUGCAUUUUUCUAAACUGUCAUGGCGAUUUUGUGUCCUUGGAAAUAAAAAGCGCUAGUGGUUUUCGUUCUUUUUUCCGUGCGGACCGGGGUGAUGUGUCGCCGGUGAGAGCGUCCAGUGUCCGGAGCAGAUGAAGUGACGGGAUAGAAGAUGAAAAUACACAAUAAGGACAAGCAGCAGAUGUUCACUGGUGUCCUGAAGCACACGCCACCUUCGGCCUCCUCUUCCUCGACUGCAGCCUCCUCCUCUGCCUUCGACCAAAAGAGUAACGCACAAACAGUUCCCACAAUCCUUCGGGGGCACCUGGUCGUGGGCUCCAAGGACAGGCUCCGCCUCCUCACCGCAGUGAGCAGUACGGCAGCGUCCAAUCACUGCGCGGCGGCUGGGGCCCACGGCACCAAGCACUCCCGGCGACCUCCUUCCUCCCUGAGCGAGGAGGACGAUGGAGGAGGAGGAGGAGGCGGAGGGGGGGCCAGGGUGAAGAAGAAACGUAAGAAAAAGGACAAGAGAGAGCGGGAGAAAGACGUUGGAGAAGUGGAGGACAGGGAGAGCAGCAAACCAAAGAAACGAAAGGAAGACAAGGUGGCCACGGGCGCCAUGCUGAGGAGGAGCAAGGAGCCCAAGGCAGGAAAGGAGCACAGGGAGCGUAAGAGCAGAGGGAAGGAGGCCAGUAACGAGCUGAAGGAGGUGGCUCCUGCUUCCACUCUGGCUCCUGUCAAGGUUCCCGGCAAGAGAGGAAGGAAACCCAAGAUCAAAGUCCUACCUCCUGCCCCCCCCCAAGCACCUCCUCCUGCUCCUGUUGUCCUCCCUAAGAGACAAAGCAAGAACCCCAGACAGGCCAACAGCAAGACCCCCGGCCCCCCAGCACCGAGACAGAGGGGCCGCAAACCCAGAGACCCUGGUGCAGCGCCGCUGGAGAAGAAGAAGAAGGGGAAGAGGAGAAACCAGGAGCAGAAGGUCCAUCAAGGGGAGGACAGCGAUGAUACUACCUCAACCUCAGCCCUUAACAUGGGGGGGGAGGACAGCCAGGAUGCCCUGGACAACACUAAGCGGCGUUCAGGCCGUCAGGUCAAGAGGAGGAAGUACAACGAGGACCUGGACUUCAAGGUGGUGGACGACGACGGAGAGACCAUCGGCGUCCUUGGAGCCGGUCGCAUCUCGGCUCUGAACGCCACGGCCCUGGCCUGGCAAAGCGAGGAACCACCGGAGGACGAAGCCAACAUCAUCGAGAAGAUUCUGUCUGUGAGACCAGUGAAGAAAGAGACUUCUUCAUCACCAGAGGACCAAGUGGAGGAGGCGGAGGAGUUUUAUGUCAAAUACAGAAACUUUUCCUACCUUCACUGCAAGUGGGCCACUCUGGAGGAGCUGGAGAAGGAUCCCAGAAUCCACCAGAAGAUCAAGCGCUUCAGGACCAAACAGGCCCAGAUGAAGCACCUGUUCACCGAGCCCGAUGAGGACAUUUUUAAUCCGGACUAUGUUGAAGUGGACCGAAUCCUGGAGGUGGCCGUCACCACGGACACUGAGACUGGAGAGGAGGUCACCCACUACCUGGUGAAGUGGUGCAGUCUCUCAUACGAGGAGGCCACCUGGGAGCUGCAGGAGGACCUGGACCCAGAGAAGAUCAAAGAGUUUGAGCACAUCCAGAAACUGCCAGCAGACCUGAGACACAUGGAGCGUCCUCCUCCAGAGAAGUGGCAGAAGCUGGACAUCACCAGAGACUUCAGAAACGGGAACCAGCUCAGAGAGUACCAGUUAGAGGGAAUGAACUGGUUACUCUUCAACUGGUACAACAGGAAGAACUGCAUACUGGCGGAUGAGAUGGGUCUGGGAAAGACCAUCCAGUCCAUCACCUUCCUGUUUGAGAUCUUCAGCAUGGGGAUCCGCGGCCCCUUCCUCAUCAUUGCCCCCCUGUCCACCAUCACAAACUGGGAGAGGGAGUUCCGCACCUGGACACCAAUGAACGUCAUUGUUUACCACGGAUCCCAGAUCAGCCGGCAGAUGAUCCAUCAGUACGAGAUGUUCUACAGAGACGUGCAGGGAAACACUGUCCCCGGGGUGCUCAAGUUCCACGGACUCAUCACUACCUUCGAGAUGAUCAUGGCCGACUGCCCCGAGCUCAGGAAGCUCCACUGGCGCUGCGUGGUGAUCGACGAAGCUCACCGCCUGAAGAACAGGAACUGCAAACUGCUCGAGGGGCUGAAGCUCAUGAACCUGGAACACAAGGUUCUUCUGACAGGAACCCCUCUGCAGAACUCAGUGGAGGAGUUGUUCAGUCUGCUGAACUUCCUGGAGCCGCUGCAGUUUCCUUCCGAGAGCACUUUCCUGGAAGAGUUUGGAGACCUGAAAACAGACGAGCAGGUGAAAAAGCUCCAGGCCAUUUUGAAGCCCAUGAUGUUGAGGAGGCUGAAGGACGAUGUAGAAAAGAACUUGGCGCCUAAAGAGGAGACUAUCAUCGAGGUGGAGCUGACCAACAUCCAGAAGAAGUAUUACCGAGCCAUUUUAGAGAAGAACUUCUCCUUCCUGUCCAAAGGAGCCAAUCAGCACAACAUGCCCAACCUUAUCAAUACCAUGAUGGAGCUCCGCAAGUGCUGCAACCACCCGUACCUCAUUACAGGAGCGGAGGAGAAGAUCCUGGAGAGCUUCAGGAAGUACCACAGUCCUGACGCGCUGGACUUCCAGCUGCAGGCCAUGAUCCAGGCGGCCGGGAAGCUGGUUUUGAUCGACAAGCUGCUGCCCAAACUGCUGUCAGGUGGACACAAGGUGCUGGUCUUCUCCCAGAUGGUCCGCUGCUUGGACAUCAUGGAGGACUACCUCAUUCAGAGGAGGUACACCUACGAGCGCAUUGACGGACGCGUGAGGGGGAACCUGCGCCAGGCCGCCAUCGACCGCUUUUGCAAGCCGGACUCGGACCGCUUCGUGUUCCUGCUGUGCACCCGGGCCGGGGGGCUCGGCAUCAACCUCACGGCCGCUGACACGUGCAUCAUCUUCGACUCGGACUGGAACCCCCAGAACGACCUUCAGGCUCAGGCGCGCUGCCACCGGAUUGGUCAGAGCAAAGCCGUGAAGGUCUACAGACUGAUCACCAGGAACUCCUACGAGAGGGAGAUGUUUGACAAGGCCAGCCUGAAGCUGGGCCUGGACAAAGCCGUCCUCCAGGACAUAAACCGCAAGGGAAGCCUCAACGGGGUGCAGCAACUCUCCAAGCUGGAGGUGGAGGACCUGUUGAAGAAAGGAGCUUACGGAGCGCUGAUGGACGAGGAGGACGAGGGGUCCAAGUUCUGCGAGGAGGACAUCGAUCAGAUCCUUCAGAGACGAACCCAGACCAUCACCAUCCAAACGGAGGGGAAAGGGUCAACGUUUGCAAAGGCCAGUUUCAUCUCAUCUGGGAAUAGGACCGACAUCUCUCUGGACGACCCCAACUUUUGGCAGAAAUGGGCCAAGAUUGCUGAGGUGGAGCUAGACUCCAAGUCUGAAAAGGAGUCCCUGGUGAUCGACACUCCUCGCGUGAGGAAGCAGACCCGCCACUACAACUCCUUCGAGGACGACGAGCUGAUGGAGUUCUCUGAGCUGGACAGCGACUCGGAGGACCGGCCCAGUCGGACCCGUCGCCUGGGGGAGCGCAGCCGCAGGUACCUGAGGGCGGAGUGCUUCAGGGUGGAGAAGAACCUGCUCAUCUUUGGGUGGGGGCGCUGGAAGGACAUUAUGAACCACGGGCGCUUUAAGUGGCACCUGGCAGAGAGAGACAUGGAGGCGAUCUGCAGGGCUCUGCUGGUUUACUGCCUGAGACACUACAAAGGAGAUGACAAGAUCAAGAGCUUCAUCUGGGACCUGAUCACACCCACCAAGGAGGGCGAGGACCAGGACCUGCUCAACCACUCCGGCUUGUCGGCUCUGGUGCCUCGGGGUCGGAAGGGGAAGAAGCUGAAGAACCAGCUGAACGUUCCUGAGGUGAAGAACGCCGACUGGCUGGCCCACUGUAACCCGGAUGUGUUGCUGCAGGAUGAGAGCUACAAGAAGCACCUGAAACAGCACUGCAACAAGGUGCUUCUGAGGGUGAGGAUGCUCUACUACCUGAAGGUGGAGGUGUUGGGUGAAGCUGCCAAUCAAGCUCUGGAUGGAAUACCUGCCAGUAAACUGGAGGUGUCUCUACCAGACAUCGACUACAUAGAGAUUCCAGCUGUUUGGUGGGAUACUGAAGCUGACAAGUCUCUCCUCAUUGGAGUCCACAAACACGGUUACGAGCGAUACAACGCCAUGCGAGCCGAUCCUGACAUGUGUUUCCUGGAGAGAGUUGGGAUGCCGGAUGUCACAGCUCUGACUGCUGAGCAGGGAGGAGGGGAGGGGGGGGCGGACCUAGCAGACAGCGUGAACAAAGCUGAGGAGGUGAAGGAGGAGGCAGAGAGUAAAGCAGAAGGAGGAGAGGACCGAGACGAGAGCAGCAAGGAAGAAGAAACCUGCUCCAGCACCGACACCUCGGACAAACCCGACAGCACCGGUCCAGACUCGCACAUGUCAGCUGACCUCAGCGCCCAGGUCGGAGCUCUGGUCACUACGACAACGGUUGGUACCGGCGUGGCGUCCCUUCACGUGGUCCAGGCCCGGCCCCUCUGGCCCACCGGCCCCGCCCUCACGGCCCGUCUGCGGCGCCUGAUCACGGCUUACCAACGCUUCACGCUGCGCCGCGAGCCGCCGCUCCGCCACGACUUCCUGCUCCACGACGGCCUGGUGGGCGCGGCGGGGAUGGGAGGGGGCGGGAACGGCCACGGGCACCACGCCGGGGGGCCCGUGGCGUGGCAGCUGGGCGAGGAGAUGAGGAGGUGCUCCGUGGUGGCCACUGAACCGGACCCCCUGUUUCUGGAGUGGCAGAGGAGGUGGACCCGCCGAGAACAAGCCGACUUCUACCGCACGGUGUCCUCCUACGGCGUCGCGUACGACUCGGACAGGAAGUCCUUCGACUGGUCCCAGUUCAGAGCUCUGGCCCGACUGGAGAGGAAGACAGACGAGAGCCUGGAGAGAUACUUCAACUCCUUCGUCAACAUGUGCAGGACGGCCUGCAAGCUGCCCCCCAGGAAGGAGGAAGGGUUGGUGGAUCCUGCCGUGCUGGUGGAGCCGCUCACUGAGGAGCGAGCAGCCAGGACUCUGUAUCGCAUCGAGCUGCUACGAAAGAUCAGAGAGCAGGUUCUACGUCACCCGUUGCUGUCGGCCCGCCUGCAGCUGUGCCGGCCCUCCCUCUACCUGCCGGUCUGGUGGGAGUCCGGUAAACACGACCGCGACCUCCUCAUCGGGGCGGCGCGCCACGGCCUGAGCCGCACCGACUUCUACAUCCUCAACGACCCCCAGCUGAGCUUCCUGGAGGCUCACAGGAACUACGUCAGGGGCCACCCUUCUCAGCUCCAUCCUCAGAGUCACCACCAUCCCGGCAUCUCGUCUUCGUCCUCCUCGUCCCAUCCCCACUGCUGCAUGUAUGAUUCCCCUCAGCCUCCUGAGUACCCCCACCACCAGCAGCCAGGGCCUCUACCACCUCCUUCUCCCUCCUCCUCCCACUCCCACCUCCACCCCUUGGACGGCCACAGCUCCGCCUCGCCCGUGCUGGGCCUGGCCGCUGGGUCCCGGGGAGACUUUCUGGACUGUCCCACUUUGGAUGAGAGCCUGGAGCUGGGUUCUCUGCAGCACGACGCCAUGACGGCAGACGCCCUGCACGGGGGCAAAGCCUCCAAAGACCCCCUCAACGGCUUCCCCUUCAACUCGGCCGCAGGAGGUCAGAGCAUGCUCAACUCCUACGGGGUUGGAGGGGCGGACCUUGACUCUAAACUGAGGAGCGAUGUCCUGGUGGGGGAGCAGGGCUCGUCAGAGGAAACCGGGCUAAUGGCCCCGUUGGUGGAGCUGGACCGCUUACAGGCCUCCUGGGACGGGACGGACCACCACAUGUUCAACGACUCUGACCCCAUCCUGGGCCCCUCCACUCUAGAGGCCGGCUUCCUGGAAGAGGAGGACGAGGAGGCUCAGGGGGGAGACCGAGGAGGGGAGGAAGGGGGGACUCUGGAGGAGUGUUUGGGCCUUCCACCCUCGUCCUCCCCCUCACACCCCUCUGCAGGAGACCCGGUGGAGCCCCUGUCCUCCAGUUACAUGCUCUUCAAGGAUAUCGGUGUCAGCGAGGAACCCAGCGUGGAUCAGACCGACCUGUCGGAGAGCCUCCCCCCUCCCUACGAGUCACCGCCACCUCUCUCUCUGUCUGACAUCACCGCCCAGGAUGCCCGGGAUAGGUUGCCCCACGCUGAUGUCACACAGAGCCUGGCCAAUCGUGUUGAGGACGGAGAAGGCCGGGAUGGAGGCGGCGGGUUCCAGUUUGACAACAAGGAGGUGGAACUGAGAGGCCUGUCGAGGAGGAGGAGCAGCGAGGAGCAACAAGGAGACCUCAGUCUGGGAGGAGAGGAGUGUGAUGGGGCCGGAGGAGCAGAGCGGCUUUUGGUUGUCUUGAGUCCAAACAUGGAAGUCCAUGAGAUGGACGAAGUGGUUCCGGAGCCUGGAGUCCAAGACCAGGAUGAGGAGGAACUUCAGGAGAGCUUUGACCCGUCGGGUCCCAAAGAGGAGUCGCAGCGGCGCGGUGGCCUUUCCUGUCCCGGGUCCAUGGAGGAGCCUGGAGACGAGGUGGAGGGUUUACUUCUCUAUCCCACUGAGGAGACGCCUAUGGGGGACGCUCUCGGCGCAGACGCGCUGCUGGGGAACACCGCUGGAGAGGAUUGUCCAGAGGAGGGUGCAGAUCCAGCAGAUCAAGUGGAUGAGAUCUCCGAGGGGCAGGUGGAUGGGGUUUCUCUAAUGGAGGUUCCAGAGGAACAACUAGAUGUGAAACCCAUUGAGAUGGUGCUACACAGCAUUUAUUCUGAGUACGCAUCAGCCUCCUGCUCCACUAUUUCUGUCUCACCCACCACAGCAGCAUCAAAGUCAAAGAACGCAUCCAGAGGUGAAGAGUCCACGGAUCAGGAAAACUACGGCGACGGUGCAGCUGAAGACCUCAACUGUAAGAAUAGAGCCCUCACCUUCUCCCUCCAUCCGGACAACAAAGGUGGUCUCCUGCCACGAGAGGAAGUCCAAACGGCCCCCGAUGUUCCUGCUGACGCAAAGCCAUCCAUUCUGAAGUUUACUCUGAUGCCAGUUGGUGGUGGUGGUGAGAAGAAACCACAGCAGCUGGAGCUGCCAGUAAAGGUGGAGGAGACCCACGCGGAGAAGGCUGUGGAUGCCCACCCAGAAAGCUCUGAGCUCAAACGUGGAAAGUUCCUCUCCUACCCGGUAAAGUCUGAAAAAUCAGUGGCCACAGCUGAGCAUCUCCACUACCCCGUCAAACCGGAAACACCAGAGACCAAAGCUGAAGAUCUGAGACCACCCAGGAAGGCUGAGAAUCUGUCCCCUAAACCCGACGUCCUCCAGUAUGCGGACGACGUCAAACCCGAAGCAAAGCCCAUAGUUCUUCGGUUCUCUCCUUGUCCGGACGGGGCGAAGCCGAAGACCGAGUCGGAGCCGGAGGAGUUCAAGUUAACGGGCUUUUCUGACACCGCUGCCGUCAAGCUAGAAGCCAAGCCAGAAGGUCUGGAGCUCUCCGGUUACCCGGACAGCUCUGAGGUGAAAGCCAGGGCCAAGCCGGAGGACCUGGACUUCUCCUCUUUCCCUCAGAUCAAAAGUGAGAGCAAGCGAGAGCUGCUGGAGGCCGACAGCACGGUUCUGACCCCGAAGCUGGAGCAGGCGGACGGGCUAGUGGACUCCUCGGAGAACCUGGGAGAGAGCGGCCAGGUGAAGGAGGAGCGGCCAGCUACACCAGUGGUAGAAGGAUACCCUGGCAGCCCCAGGUUUGCUGCUCCUGGCUCCAUGUGUGAUCUCCCUGAGGGCCUCCAUGACUCCAGGGAGCCAACCAUCGCCCAGCUGCUGCAGGAGAAAGCUCUGUACUCCUUCUCCGAGUGGCCCAAGGACCGGGUCAUCAUCAACCGCCUGGACAGCAUCUGCCACGCCAUCCUGAAGGGGAAGUGGCCUUCGUCCAGCGAGCAGUACGACUCUCCCGGCUCCCUCGUCUCCAACUCCUGCCUGGCCAACAGUUUAGCCCAGCAGCACCAUCAGCACCAUCAGCACCAUCAGCACCAGCAGCACCAGCAGCACCAGCAGCAGCACCGAGCCGGCUUCCUCUCCACCUCGGCCCCCGGCCAGCCCCGAAUCCAGCAGACCAACCAGGGGCUGGGGUUCUCCAUCAGCCCCCCUCUCACCAGACUACCUAAGUACAUGUCGCGGGGCGGUGCUUGUGGGCGCGGAGCUUGGCGCCUCACCUCCUUGCCUCUUUUACAGGAGCGACUCGUGGCUCCUCCUUACCUAGGUCGGCGGUCAUUUGACUACGAGGCCGCCGCUAAGGUUUUAUCCGGGAAGACGGUGGCGUCGUGCCACACUGCCGUCUCCACGAGCUCCAACGCUCCGGUGGUGGCCCCGCCCUCCCAUCACAGCGCCGCCAUGCUGAUUAAUGGCUGGCAGGAGACGGCCAUCGAUCUCACCAAAUCAUCCGCAGACACGAGAGGCGGGUCAGGCGACGCCGCGGCAGCGCCGGCACUCGGCCACCAGCUGCCACCGCCCCCCCCCAUCACCGCCCCGCUUCCAGGCUCCGUGGGCAUGGACAUGGCCGGGAUCCUGCAGGCGGGUCUCAUCCACCCGGUAACCGGGCAGAUAGUUAACGGGGGCCUGAGGGGAGAUGACUCCCUGAGGAGGAGGAGAGGGAGGAGGAGAAACGUGGAAGCGCUGUACUCUGAGUUCACCAAGAGCAGGGGACUGCACCUCCCGGAGUCACAGGGCCGGGUGGAGCUGAUCAGCCACUCCUCUGUUAGUUCCUCCACCUCCUCGCCGUCCCCCUCCCCUUCAGAGAGACCUACGGCCCCCCCCACGCCAUCCUCCUCCUCCACGCCCACACGCACACAGACUCCUCCCCAGCCGGAGAUUGUGGCCAUUGACCGAGAGGCAGCCAGCAAAGGACUGAUGGAGUGGUUGAGACAGAACCCGGGAUACAGCAUGGAGCUGCCCACGUUCUCCCACGCUGGAGCCGGGCUGCUGCAUGGCUUCGUGGAGCGUCCUAAGCAGAGGAGGCAUCGCUGCAAAGACCCGACUAAGCUGGACAUCAACUCCCUGACGGGGGAGGAGAGGGUUCCUGUAGUCCACCGAGGCACCGGGCGCCGGCUCGGCGGCGCGAUGGCCCCCGCCAUAAAGGAGCUGUCCCGGUGGCUGGAUGCUAACUCUGAAUACUACGUGGCUCCGGACUGGGCCGAGGUGGUCAAACACUCCGGUUUCCUCCCUGAGGGGAAGUUCUGUCGGAUCCUGACGGAACCGGUCAACAGAGACCCGGGUUCUCGGCGUCGUGGCCGUCGCCCCCGCAGCGAGAUGCCCAAGCCUCUCUUGUCCGACUCCGCCCCCUCCGCUGGCCACGCCCCCCUCUUCAUGAACGGAGGGUUGAUCAACAGCAUGGACUCCCUGGUCGCCAUGCAGAACCUCCGCGGCAGCAUCCAAGGGAUUCCCAUCGCCGGCAUCAUGGCGGCUGGGUUCCCUCACGGUUUCUCUAGCACCGUCCAAGGGGGCGGAGUCUCGGCGGAGGACGCCAAGAACGGGCUGAGCAUGUUACCCAUGAUGCUGCACGGCAUCCCUCACCCGCACGGUGCAGGCAUCCAACAACACGCCUUGUUUAGCGUCGGGGCGAUGAUGGCCAACACGCCUCCUCACCCCAGCUCCUCAUCCUCCUCCUCCUCCUCCUCAGCCUCAAAGGUCACCACGACAACCGCCCCGUCCACGUCCGAGGCCGCCAGCCCGUCCUCCACCACCCCGGGAGACCGGGAGGGCGCCGCCUCCUCCGCCUCUGCAGUAGGUGAGAAGGAGAAGGGAGCUGUCAUCACCUCCACCAGCAGGUCCCAUCUGGGCGCCGCCCACCUGGGGGCCGGCAGCCACCUGACCUUUAACCCCUUCCUGAUCCCCGGCAUGUCCCACGGCCUGCUGUACCCCCACAUGUUCCUCCCCCAUGGCGGCAUCAUGGCGCUGCCCGCUAUGCCCCCCGGCGCCGUGGGCCCAGGGAGCCCCAAGAGGAGGAGGAAGAGAGGGCGGGAGGAGGUGGAGAGGGAAGCGGCUAUGGGAAAGGUGGAGGAGAGAGAAAGUACAGUUAAGGCUCACGCCGGCCUCCACCCGUCCUCCUCCUCUCCUCCCUCCGCCCCCCCGACCUGCACCCCCGAACCGGGCCCACCUCCACCCGAAGAUCCCCAGGAGCCGGACUCCUACGAGGCUCCUGAGGGAGCAGCAGAGGAGAGAGAGGAGAGACUGGAGGAGCAGAAACUGGUGGAAGGAGAGGAGGCGUAGAAGAGGCGACUCCUCCACCUCCUGCUCCAGUGUAAAGUUUGUGCCGUGUCUGUCAGUCGAUGUCCAUGUAAAGACUUUUAUUAUGACGCUGACUAAGAAUAACGAUGAUGAUUAUAUUCAACUUGGCUCUGUUUAUAUACCAAGAACACCCCCCCCCCCCCCCGCCCCCCUCCUUGUAUACAAAACCAGUGUAAGAAACCAUCUCCUGUGCCCCCCCUGCCCUCCUCCUGCAUCCAGAGACUUUCCUGCCUCGGUAACCCAUCAUCUCAAUCAGGCUGUUGUCAUGGUAACGAGGAGCUGCAGGAAAUCAGAGCAGCAUUAAGGAAUCACUCAUCUUCAUCAUGUGACCCCUUGGUUAGUUUGUACUCUUUCUGGAGGUUUUUAGUGACGAGGUAGAGCCCCCCCCCCCCUUUCCCAUAUUGAUUAGGACUUUAUUCUUCUUAAUGUUAUGAUCAAUGCUGCACCUUCUCGUUGGCUGAAGCCAUCGUUGACAAUGAUAAUAAUCCGGAUUUGUAGCAGCAGAGAACAAUCAUGACGUCAUCAGUUCCAUCAUUUCACUGGUUCUUGUCUCUGAGAAGUGUUCUGGCCUCAUGGAGGAGGAGGAGGAGGAGGAGGAGGAGGGGGGGGGGGAGUAGAGGAGACAGGAAAGGGUUCUCCUCACAGAUGCUCUCCACUUGGUUCCUCCGGUAAGAUCUUAAAGAUUCUAAAGGUUUCCGUUUUCUUUCUUCUGCUUUUUCUGUUUCUCCGCUGGUGACAUCAUACUUGACCGAGGGGGAUUGUGGGUAAUGUACAUUAAAGGGAUGUCAAACUGUUUCAUUCACGCCCUCGGAUUCACUUUAGUUUGUUUUCAGACAACGAAACAUCAUUUUUGCACAAAGUUUGUGUGUAUAAAUACGUGUGUGUGUGUGUGUGUCUAUUGUGUGUGUGUGUGUGUGUGUGUGUGUGUGUGUGUGUACAUCCUCUAUCUUUAAAUUCUAAUCUUAAUUCGUUGCCUUGUCACAAGUUUGUGACUCUAAUUUAUUACACUUUUUUCUUUUUGCCAAACAUUCACCAAAUAUUCUUUGAGUCUGUUUUUUCUUGAUGAUGUAAUAUUCAAAGUAAAAAGCCUUAUUUAGACUUUGUGUAGUCUUUGUAGUUUGUGUUUCUCCUCCAGUAGAACGACACUCGUCUCAAAGCACAAAGCAGUUUAUGACCAGUGCCUCUACAAGAAUAACACUACGGCUCAGUAUGAUGUCAUCGCGUCUAUGAGGUCAUCACUCACUGGCUUCUGUUCCCUGUGGAGCAAGAUCAGAUGAUCAUCUGAGUCCACAUGAAACCUGAAUAAUCUUAUUUAAUCUGAAUAUAUUCGAUCUUCAUCUUCACUACGGAAACAUUAACUUUGAUUUAAUAUUGACUGGUUGAAGAAUGGAAGCAGAACAAUAAGAACAUUUCUUCUAAAGCUGAGGAGCCCUUUAAUAAAACGCUACCGCUCAGAGGAGUCCGUCGUUGAUUCUGUGACAUCACUUCCUGUUUCUACGCGCAUGCCUUUCUCUAAAUGUAGUGAAGCCGUCUCCGACGUCAAAAAAGGAUCUUCAUCCCAUAAUAAUCUGUGACCUGGGACCAGCUGUUCCAAACAAUGAUUGUCACAUUUAAAACAUUCACAGCUUCCAUAAAAAGUACAAAGAGUACGAAGGCUCAUAGAGAUCGACACUAGUGACCUUUGACCUCCUGUCGACCCCCGUCUGGAGGUCGUUGAGCUGGUUUCACAGAACCUGAAAUAACCCUAAAAACACUGUCACUAAGGGUAAUGACGAGGAGGACGUGACUCCUCCCACUUUGUGCCUGUGAAACCAGCUCCACGCAAGAGGAUGAUGAUGAUAGCGAGCCCCCCCCCCCCCCCCCCCCCUGUGUGGGUCCGUAUCUUCGGGUUCUUCUCUGUAACUUUAGCUCUGUGUUCCCUUGUGAGUCUCCACAUGUCGGAUCUUUUAUGGUUCAAUAAAAGAUGACUUUCAACCUC